UUAUUUGAUUCUUGCGGCUUCCAAUGUAAAUGUAUUCCUCUCCAGUUUCUUCUUUUCUUCCGAGAUGCGUGGGGGGAAGGGGGUCUUUUUUAUAUUGAGGAGAUGCUAUGAAAAGGGUUAAUUUCGCUCACAAUGGUCCGGCUGACUGCAUCUAUUGUUUGGAUCAGACGCCCUAGGGGCACCCAGACUGAUGAAGCUCGAGUUUUCAACUUUUUUUUUCUAGGUUUCGUUGGGGACCAUCCCUUCCCCCUCUCUAGAGGAUUCCUCUCAUCUCCCUCUCUCUCUCUCUUCUCUCUCCCUCUCUUUCUAGCUUUCAUUCUUUUCUUCUGUCCUCUUGAACCAGGACAAAGCCACGGCACGUGUGUGCUGAAUGGACCCAGGACAAAAAAACACAAGAGGAACAAAAAGCCACAGAGCUUGGCGUGUGGCAUGUAUGCGCCAAUCUGCAUAAUGAUGAAAGACCACGCGUCGCGGGGAAACUCGCAUCUGCUGCUCUCUCCCCGGAGACAUCGGCGGGAUCAGGUUGCUGGGCGCUCCUAUUGGCGCUUACUUUGCAGCCAUCUGCGGCCCGCAGACAGACAAUGGGUUAUAGCUGCCUUUAAAUACCGAUGUAAGGUGGAGAUCUUUAGUAUCUUCGUAAGCUCGAAAGCAACAAGACACAAAUUACUUAAGACUGGAGACCAUACUACCUUGCUGCAUUUUGUUUCGAAAACUUUACUUGGCAGCUGCUGCAACGACACUGCCAAAGAGACUUUCACUGUUAUUUAUUUAUUUCAUUUUGCCUUUGGAUUAAAAAGAAGCAAAGCCAAAAUGCCCAGAGGUUUUUUGGUUAAACGCACCAAGAAGACCGGUCCCAUCUCUUACAGAGUACGCCCGGCGGAACAGGAGAACGAAGUCGCCCCGCAGACAUUUAUCGCUUCCACAUGGGCAAGCUGCCCAGAUACUUUGGAUGGGCGCUCAACAGGCCCUGUUCCAGCCUCCGUGCCACAAUCCCUCCUCAGAAGCCAUUUCGUCAUUACCAGCAGCAGUAGCCAAGUUAAAAGUGUCAAAAGCCGGCCCUACCAUGCGGGGAUGCCGGAAGCGCUCUGCGCCCCGUCUCUGAGUCCAAACCGGCCGGUCAGCACGGGCUACAACGAGUCAUCCGAGGCGGCCUUGGGUUACUUAGACAGAAAACGCAAUUCCAGGUCGCCUAUACAAGCGGAGUCUUUUCCGGAGAGCACCUCGAGUUCCUUUACAUCUCUGGUUGAUGCACAAAUGGCCUUAAUGCCAUCUUUGGCUGACAUUGCAAACAAAAUGGGCUCAGUAUGCAGCCGAGCCAUGUCUCCUUCAGGUGCUCAAAACCUGAAGAGACCGGCGGCCGCCCCAUCCAAAGCGAAGCAGCCUCUCCCCAAAAAGCCCAAAAUGACCUGCGCCCCUAACAGUGCUGAGAAGAAGAUGAGCUUUAAAGAUGAGGUCACCACGUCUCCAGUGCUCGGGCUGCGCAUUAAGGAAGAUCCGGAGGAAGACUGCAAACCCAGGGCCAGUGCCGGCAGCCCGCUGGGUGAAUUCAUUUGCCAGCUAUGCAAAGAAAGGUACUCGGACCCCUUGUCUCUUGCCCAGCACAAGUGUUCCCGUAUUGUGAGAGUGGAAUAUCGCUGCACAGAGUGCGACAAGGUCUUCAGCUGUCCCGCUAAUCUCGCUUCUCAUCGCCGUUGGCACAAACCGAGGGGCGCCCAAACAGAUGCGGACCGACAGACACUGGACAACAUCACGCCAGCUUUGGUCAACAAGUUGCGUGAAACGAACUCUCCAUCGCCUCAUUCCUCAGACGCAGGGUCGGACGAGGAAUCUUAUUUUGACUGUCCCUUGUGCUGCAAAAAAUUCCGAAGGCAGGCCUACCUCAGAAAACACCUGGCGCUGCACAGCAGACCGAGCUCAACGGCACAAAAAGCGCAACAGGCUGUAACAGCAGAGAGCAGUCCAGAGAAGAAGGCGCCGCAACCGCAGGCAUCCCGUCCCAUUCAUGUCAUCGCUUCUUUGGCACCCAUUUACCGGGGCGCAGAUGCGACGCUCCCUCCUGCGCCCUUGCGUGUGGCCCCCGAAGAACUGACAGUAAGGCAUGGAGAGGAGAUCUUCCAGUGCCGUUACUGUUCGGAGAAGUUCUUCUCCUCUCCUGGACUAACACGACACAUCAACAGGUACCACUCACCAGAAAGCAGGCACGCGAUCCUGCUGUCUCAGGCCGUGUUAUAACAAACUCGUUAGAUAACCAAAAAGACGUAAGCUGGUGCGCCUCUUUUAACGGCAGUUCACUCAAGGACCACUUAAUUUAUAUUUGGACUGUAUUUUGUUUUAUCAUCGAAGCAAAUGAUAGCGGAUUUGCCUUAUAAACCACGUUAUUUAAACGCAGAACUUUUGUAUCCAUUUUAUGUACUUAAGUGCGAGUGGGCGUGAUAGUGAUAUGAACAGUUCUCUCAGAUGGGAACGGUAUAAAUUAUAUUAUUUAUAUAUUGCUUUUGUAUGAAACUAUUUGCUGCUUUUUUGUAUUUAUAAAAAAAUGGUAGGGUUAUAUUGAUGUUAUUUUGUCUAACUUGACGUCUUUAAAGUAUGAAGUGCUUGUAACUGACAAGGUUUUUCUUAUAUUAUAAUGCACCAAAUACAGAUAUUUUGUACUUUUGUAUGUCAUAAAAUGAGCUUGCAUAUUUAAAACAGCAAUAAUAAAAAUCACGUAAGUGAAUAAAACCUA